GAAGCUAUGAAUUCUGAAAAUCAGCACCCAAAUAAGUUCCCAAGAAAGACUCACCCAUCCUCCUCCCUCACCAGACUUGUUUAAAAAAAUCAGCAUCAAACCCUAUGCAUUUUGACUCUCACUCCAACCAAAUUGACCCUGCUGUGCCUCCUUUCUUCAAAUCCCAAAGCUUCCAAACCAAACAAAAAUCAAAACUUUUCUCUAUAAAACUUCAACUCUCAAUCACCUCAGCAUAACCCAUUUUCAGUUUUCUCUGUUUUUUCCAUUUCCAUUUGCCAUGAGAAGCACUUGGUAUCAGAGCAAGAAACAGGAGAGCCUGAGAAGCAGAGUGCUGGCUAGCUUUUCUCUGCUUCUGCUGAUGAUGCUGUUACAGCUGGAGAGCAUUCCAUGUUAUGGAGCAGUUUUGUAUGAAAAAUCAAGCAGGUUCAAAGGUGGAUCGGCUUCUGGGAUAAGUGCUUUUAAAUCCCAAGGUAGGUUCAAAGUGAAAAACAAUGCAGCUAAAGAUGAUGAAAUUUUUGGUGCUGGAAAGAGAAGCGUCUUCACAGGUCCAAAUCCUCUGCAUAACAGAUAAGUUUCUUAGCUGAGGAGAAGAUGAGAUGUCAAUUUCAAUUUUCAUGCCUAAACGUAUUUUUUUUUCCUCAUUUCCUUUUAUUUCACCUUUGUAAGAAAGUAUUUUGAAUCAA